UCUCUAUCUCUUCUUCUUCUUCCAAGAACCCUAAAUUUCGCUCCCUCCGACCACCGAACUGACUUUACCGGAUCGAUUCGGGUAUCUACGGAGGUGAUAGUUAGCUAUGGCCACUCGGAGAAACACCAAUUCAAUGCAGAGAGUGAAGGUUUAUCGUUUGAAUGAAGAUGGUCAAUGGGAUGAUCGAGGAACUGGACACGUUACUAUGGAUUAUAUGGAGCGAUCGGGAGAUUUCGGUCUUUAUGUAAUUGAUGAAGAUGAUAAUUCGACAUUGCUUGUACACAACAUCAGCUCUGAGAAUAUCUACAAGCAGCAAGAAGACUCAAUUAUCUCAUGGAGUGAACCAAAACACUCAGCACAAUUGGCUUUGAGCUUUCAAGAGACUGCGGGAUGCACGUUCGUAUGGAAUCAAAUAUCCAGUAUGCAACGAAUUCUACAUUUCGAUUCUCUGCACAGCGAAGCGUUUCACAAUGUGAUCAGUGAGUUGAAGGAGCUUCCUGAUGUCAACCGUUCUAAUCUUCCCCUACUACUCAAGGUUGUUACUGAAAAUUGCAUCACAGAUCAGAUGCGACUAACCGAACUUAUUCUGAAGGAUGCUACUUUCUUUCAGAAAUUGAUGGAUGUAUUUGAUUCAUGUGAUAACGUGAAAGAUGUUGCUGACCUUCACAUGAUAUUCAAAAUUGUCAAAGGAAUCAUUUCGCUCAACAGUUCUCAGAUCCUGGAGAUUAUCGUAGGGGAUCAACUGUUCAUGAAAAUUAUCGGGUGCCUUGAGUAUGAUCCCGAUGUUCCCCAGUCUCAACAUCACCAGACUAUGCUGAGGGAGCAUGCUGUUUUUAAGGAGGCUAUACCAAUUAAGAAUGCCCUGGUUCUGUCGAAGAUACACCAAACAUACAGAAUUGGUUUUCUGAAGGAUGUUUUGACGAAUGUAGUAGAUGCUGCUACAACCACAAACCUAGAUUCAGUAAUCGAUGCAAACAAUGCUUCUAUUGUUACACUGCUGAAGGAUGACAUCCAAGAGUUAUUUGCACGGUUACGGUCACCUUCUACAUCUGACGAAUCAAGGAAUAAUUUGGUUCUGCCGGUAAGAUUCUCUGAUUUUGGGCAGGGUCCUGUCAUUAAGGUGCACUUCUUGCACGAAUUUUGUAGUUUAUGCAAGAGCACGAAGAAGGUAUCGGUCUUGAGGGAACUUAUCAGUGACGGUCUUUUUGACAUCAUUGCAGAAAUCUUGAAGAGUCCAGAUAAGAAACUCAUAUUAAUGGGGGCCGAAAUUCUUAGUAUUGUGUUGGCUCAAGAUUCUCUUAUGCUCUUAUGCUCUUAUGUUGUUCGACCGGAAACUCCCCUCCUUGGUCUCUUGGUUAAGAGAAUGAUGGAAGAUUUUGGUGAUAAGAUGGAAUCGCUGUUUGUGGACAUUAUUCAAAAUGUAUUGGAAUUUCGUGGAGCUCAAAAUGUACAAUUCUCUGAUAAGCAGAAGAAGAUGCAAGGGAUGAUUUUGGAUACUUUCUGUGAGAAGCAUCUACCUGAAUUAGUUGAUUUAAUAAUGGCCUCAUGUCCUGAAAGACCUGGCGAUACAUCUGAAGGUGCAUUCGUAAGAGUUGGCAGCCAUCGUGGGGCAAAGCCGGAAGUCCUAUUGCACAUUUGUCAAUUGCUGUGCUCUUGCGUUCAACUGGAUCCAUUCAGGACAAAUUUUCUCCAUAACAAUUUGACAGAAAAGGUUUUGCUUCUUACACGAAGAAAGGAAAAACCCCUAGUGGCUGCGGCUGUUCGAUUUGUCCGCAGUCUCCUCUCUGUCCAUGAUGAUAAUGUCCAGAGUUACAUUGUUGAGAACAACAUGCUGAAACCGAUUAUAGAUGUUUUUGUUGCUGAUGGUCACCAGGACAACCUCCUGACUUCUGCUGUCUUGGAGCUUCUUGAGCACAUACGCAAGAAAAAUGCAGUGUUGGUCAAAUACGUAGUUGAUACAUUUUGGGACCAGUUAGCUCCAUUUGAGCACCUGCCUUCCCUCCAGGAUCUUAAAACAAAAUAUGAGAAGUGCUUAGAAAGGAAGGGACCAAAGAGCUCCACUGAUGAUCAAUCUGAUAUGAGACAAGAUGGGCGUGCUCUGGAUGAAGAAAAGUCACCUUCUGCUUCCUGUCCACAGAUGGAAGAAGCUGAGCCCCAUAAUUCCGAUGUCGCAGCUGCAAGUUCUACUCCUAGUACACAGAUGGAAGAAGAUGAGCCCUAUAAUCCCGAUGUCACAGCUGCAAGUUCUGCUUCUCCGAGCAAGAGGUCUGGAGGUUCGGGUGAUUAUAUGGAUGACGAAGAUGAGCAAGAGAAGCGUAAAAGACAGAGGCUCAGUUCAACAAGUGAAGGAAACAAGAACACCCCAGAACAAGGUGGCGAAGCUAAGGAACCUGGAGAACUCUAAGGAGCAAAUGACCGUAGUAGUAGUUUUAGAUGGAAAAAAAUGACAGCAAGCAGAUGUAAAGAGAUGUCGAGAUUAACAUUCUCGACAAUAUAUAGGAUUUUUGAGG